UAAUUUCAGGUUACAGCUCCACUUUUCUCCAGUCGACUGUUUGCCUAUGGACCGGAUACCAACGAUCAGGAGUUACCGCGAAGUUUGGAUGUUGGCAAAAAGCUGUCAUUGACAUAUCCAAUUCGAUUUUAUGGCCAAGAUCAUUACGAUGUCUAUACCAGCAUUCUUCCGGGCAAUGUACCACUGAUUGCACCGUUCUGGAAUCGUAAUGAUCUUCGUAGCGGUGGACGAGUCUUUUAUCGUGAAGAAAAAGCUGGUCGAGUACUGGAGAGAGGACAAAGCGAAAUUCGUUACCAGUAUGAUUUGGUGGUGAGGGUGAGAAGUUGUUUGCUGGUCACCUGGGAAAAGAUGCAACCUCAUGGAGCUGCUGCACUUCCAGAUGAUGUAACAGCCGGUUUUAACAAAGGUGAUGGAAGUAACUAUUAUGCUCUGCCAACAUCUGGUACUGGAAAUGUUAUGUAUCUGGAGGAGUACGGUAACACUGGUAUUCCCGGUGAAUGGAUGUUUAUUUUUACAGACAACAGAAUUGAACGAUGUAAAAGUGGUGUCAAAGGAGACACAUGCGAUGAAGAAUGCGCUGCCGGCGAAUGGGGACCUGACUGUGUAAACUGUUGCCAUUGUGCUAGCGCCGGUUGCAAUAUAAUAACUGGUGAAUGUGCCAAAGGACUGUGUGCUGAAUGUUGGACUGGAGCACCGUUCUGUCAAACUAAAAAAGAACAAUGUAGCGCUGCGAAAAGUAUAAGAUGUGCACCAAACGCAGUAACUUUUGUGGAUUAUGAUAGAUGUGGUGAACCAAUUCCACGUUGUCAAUGCCUUGCCGGUUAUACUGGAGUCGGAAGCCAAGAGUGUGUUGAUAUCAAUGAGUGCACUCACCCAAAUACCUGUCAUGAAAAUGCUGUUUGCACAAAUACACCUGGUGGUUACUUCUGUCAGUGCAAUGAGGGUUACAGUGGUGAUGGAAUCAACGAGUGUGUUUCCUCAUUUUUCUAUCCAUAUGACGGCCAUCAAUCCUUACCAAAAACGAAAAAUGCCAAAGUUUUAUGGCAACUAAGAUACCCAGUUUUAACUAAUGGUAUAAUUGCAAUUGAUGAUGCUUCAAAGUUGAAAAUUAACGGACGGCUAGAUGACUUAGGCAUUCAUGGAAUAGCUCCUUUCUUUGCAUCAAUUGAUAUAACAAAGAGAGGAGAAGUCUUACUGGCUGAAACAACAGAUUCUGAAGUACUUACAAGAGCUACGCGCACAGUCAGGGAACAUUAUUUAGACGACAGUUUUGUGGCCACAAGUGUCCUUAUUGUGACUUUCCUUAAUGUCACUGACGGAAAAACACGUAACGGCAACUCCUUUCAAACGUUAGUUAUUGGAGGGAACAACCAGAAAAAAGAAAAUUUGACAUACACUCAACUCUUAUAUAAAAAAUUGCCUUGGAGUUCCGGAGCUGAGGCAGGUAUACUGUCCUUUGACGAUGAAAACUCAAUUCUUCUUCCUGGCUCUGGCACUGAAGGUAUUGAGCAGUUGAGUCAAUUGAGUAAUAUAAAAACUCCUGGACAAUGGCUUUACCGCAUUGAUUCGCCAGUGAUUCAUCCAUGUGCUCGACCAAAUCUUCAACCACCAUACUGUGCCAGCGAAAUUCAAACACCGAGUGAAAAACAACGCUCUCAACGACCAUUACUGCAGAGUUCUUCUUCAGUAACCAAAGCUCCACCUAAAAGCGGUGGACAGCAAAGGAUAGAUACGGUUCCAGAAACACCAGACCGGCAAAAAAUAAACAACGGUGAUGCAGAAGUUUUUGAAAUCCCAGGUCCCAGAAUAAUUCAGCCAGUGCUAGUCGGAGCUCUCCCAACUCGUCAUUCAAAUAAAACUUCAGCAACACCGCCUACAGCUGCACCAUCGACUUCGCGGACUACAACGCGAAAACUUUCAGUAACCACAACAUCCAAAGCUCACCAAGAAUACACCUACAGAACUUACACUCCGCAUGUACCGCUUGUGUCCAUUGACAGCCAUGACAUUGAGGACAUCCCACCGGAUGCUUUUGACAUAACAUUUCCACCGUUUGUCACUGUAGUACCACAAAUAUUUACGGCUGCAGUAGCACCCAAACCAAUUGAUAAAAGUUUCUCAUCAAUUGAGUCAUCCAAAGAAGUGAAGGUUGAAAACGCAAACCUUUAUCCCGUCAAACCAAGUAAAAAGCCUUCUGUUACUGAAGAAGAGAAAAAUACCAUGGAGAAGUCUGAAGAAACUCUUUCACCUACAGAUUCAUCUAUUUUGUAUAAAACUAAGCCUCCAGAAGUUGAUUUUAACAAAGAUAAUGAAGCUGAACAAGUACAGACUUCUACAGUGGAAGUAACGCCAAAAAUUGUUGCCGACACUGAACCAACAACUGAAGUAAUUUUAAAGAUCAUUCCUUGUGAUAAAUCUCCUGGAUUUGUGACACAUAUGGUCAAAGAUCUUCCAAACAGACCAUUAUUUGUAUUUACGACACCUUUACCGAGGAGAACAAUGCCGACGAAACCGCGUUUAGUAACUGCUGGACCUCCAACCACAGCAGCCCCAAGUAGUCCUUAUGACGUGCAAGAUUCUAAGAUUCAAGUUUCUUCUAGCAGUAAAACUAACUUAGCGUCACAUUUAGAUCUUCCAGUUAUUAUUCCCACAGCGAUCAUAGCUGUUUGGCUAUUUCUGCUGGCAAUUAUCGCAUUAUUUUGUUGCUGUAGGAGAAGGCGAGCUGAAAGGGAGUUCCGGGAUUUAUAUAUGCCUAAUCAUCAGGUUCGUCCGUUGUCAACAACGUAUAAUAUCCGAAAAAAUUCCAGGAACUAUGAUGUUACUUAUGAAGAUCACUUAGAAAAAGCGGCAAGGUUAAGAUCGGAGAUGAAUUCAUAUGCUCAAGGCUCAUAUAGCAGUUCUAGAAGGCUCUAA